AGCAAAGCCAAGACAUUUUCUUGUUUACAUAUUUAGAUAAGUCGCUAAAGUACACUGAUAAUUCCCCACAGCACUGACAAAGUGAUUUAUUACACACAUAUUUGUUCAUUUGUGCAAACAAAUUUUAAUGAUUCGUCUUACUAAGUUACUUUUUCACAUCUUACGUUCUUGUUGACUUGCGCGAAACUGAACUCUUUAAUGUGCGUUCCUCUUUGUAACACCAGGCCUUAAAUGAUCUUGUAUUUGAUCAAGAAAAAUCUAAAUGUUAAAUACUUUUGGAUCAAGAGUUUAAUGGUUUCUUGCAUGAAACAAAGGUUUAACAAUACCGUGUAACAUGUAAUAAUCUCCUGCGAUGGUGCAUGCAUGGACUCUCAAAGAAAAUGGGUAAUUUUUUUUUCCUGAUAUAUUUCCUAUUAUCCUCACCGUGUUUCUCCACCUCUUCUGCUUUCUCUACUUACUGACUAAUAUUCAGCUGGAGACUAUUUUUAUAGCUGUGAAUACAGGAGGUACACACUCUGCACCUCAGCAUGAGUCAGUGCAGUUCACACACUUCUCUGAGACGUCACACAACUGUUCACUCGCUCAACACCUUCUUUCAGACAAGGUGCAAAAGUUCUCUCUCUCUCUCUCUCUCUCUCUCUCCUUUCCGGCCAAGGUGAAAAACAGUGUUCAAAAAUAAAAAGCGUGACGUUUAACAACUGUCAUCAACCACGCAUAAUGAAAAGCAUCAUUUUCAGCAUGCAACAAUUUUUUUUUUUUUUCUUAGUAUGUCUUAAGAUUAUGACUGAGCAAUUCCACUUUUUUUUCAUUGUUAAUUGAACAAAUGGAAAUUGGGUCAUUUACACAAAUGCAUUUGACUUAUUGUCUAUAAAACACAAGUGCCAUUCAAGAUAAAAAAUAACAAAAAAAUCGGACAGCAAAAUGCAACACCGUCUUAACUGUGUAAAGAAACAUGGAUUUUCGCAGUCUUAUUUGUCACACUUUCAGCUUCUUCUACUUUUAACUUUUGCUGUAGAUGUGGAAAUGUACAGUCACUACUUUAGAGAUGUCAUUACUUAUAAAGUUAUGAAAUAAAAUUAACUUGAAUGAAUAUAUAUGUUUGUUUUUUAGUCCUGUUUUUAUUAGACGGCCCUGUGGUUAGUUUUUCUGUUGUUAUUGAAGUCCUUCAUUCAUGACAGUGGUAUGGUGUGGCAAGACAAAAAGCAUAAAUGUGACAUGUUUAACCUCAGUAAACACACAGGUCACUUGAGUUUCUUGGCUCUGGCUCGCAACACGUGAAACCCAGUGCACCUGAUGAUGCGACUCCCUGUCGCAAAACUGAACAGCACCCUAGAAACUGAGGUAGCAGUAAUCACUGAUGCAGGCAGCUUAUGUACAGAUUGUCACGUGUGUGCAGAAGUGUAAUUUUCACACCGCAACGUGUGAAACCCCAACUCCCAGCUCUGCAUCUGUUGCCUCCCCGGGUAGGUUGGAGCACAAGCAGCGAGGCAGAAGAUGCCUGUAAAGAGAAGGGAUGCGUCACUGGAUUAGUGCCUGAGAAUCUGCCCCAGCCUCUCCUCUCUGAGCCUGCUGAGACAUCUCCAGAAGGGCACGACACUCACCGCUCGCUUUCCCUCCACCAAGCCUUCCACAUGAGCCAGCCAAGCCUUAGCUCCGCGCCAGGAUGAAGAAAUACAAGAAAACGCAUGCGUUCAUGUUCCUCCUGCUACUUCACUGCAGUUUGGGGCAAUCAGACUAUGCUCCAUAUUUCUAUGACAACGGUCCUAGCAGCAUAAGUGGGAACAUGGCCUUGUUCAGCAUCUCUGAGGAUACACCUGUUGGAACACAGAUAUACAUCCUGAACGGGACAGAUCCAGAGGGGGAUCCUGUACGAUACGGCCUCACAUUUGAAAAAGGCUCCACUGAAUAUUUCAGGGUGGAGCCCAAGUCGGGAAAUGUGACUCUAAUUCAGGAGCUGGACAGAGAGAAACAAGGUGAAAUCUCAGUGAUUGUCAGCAUAACAGAUGGACGCAACAAAGUUGUUGAGACUGUGAGAGUGUUUGUGACAGACGCCAACGAUGAGCCGCCAGAAUUUCAAAGUCUGCCUUUUAUCACUGAUGUUCCAGAGGACACUGUUCCGGGAAGCAGCAUCUACAGAGUCCAUGCUAUAGACAAGGACUUGGGUUCAGGAGGCAGCGUUUCAUAUUAUUUACAGAGUUCCCCAUUUGCCAAGUUCACUAUAGAUGGACACAGCGGGAUCCUCAGAGUGAAGCCUGGCGAGACUUUGGACUACGAGACCACACCAACACAUUUUGUCACCGUGGUCGCAAAG